AUGGCAGGAUACGAGAUCAAGGUUGAAGUCAAGUGCAGUGUAGUGACACAAGACGAGGCCAUGGAUGAAGUCAAGUGCAGUGUAGUGACGCGAGACGAGAUCAAGGUUGAAGUCAAGUGCAGUGUAGUGAAGCGAGACGAGGCCAUGGUUGUCGUCCGGAUCCGUGUCACGGCAGGAGACGAGAUCAAGGUUGAAGUCAAGUGCAGUGUAGUGACGCGAGACGUGAUCAAGGUUGAAGUCAAGUGCAGUUUAGUGACGCGAGACGAGAUCAAGGUUGAAGUCAAGUGCAGUGUAGUGACGCGAGACGAUAUCAAGGUUGAAGUCAAGUGCAGUGUAGUGACGCGAGACGAGGCCAUGCUUGAAGUCAAAAGCAGUGUAGUGACGCGAGACGAGGCCAUGGUUGAAGUCAAGUGCAGUGUAGUGACGCGAGACGAGAUCAAGGUUGAAGUCAAGUGCAGUGUAGUGACGCGAGACGUGAUCAAGGUUGAAGUCAAGUGCAGUGUAGUGACUCGAGACGAGGCCAUGAUUGAAGUCAAGUGCAGUGUAGUGACACAAGACGAGGCCAUGGAUGAAGUCAAGUGCAGUGUAGUGACGCGAGACGAGAUCAAGGUUGAAGUCAAGUGCAGUGUAGUGACGCGAGACGAGGCCAUGGUUGAAGUCAAGUGCAGUGUAAUGACGCGAGACGAGAUCAAGGUUGAAGGCAAGUGCAGUGUAGUGACGCGAGACGAGAUUAAGGUUGAUGUCAAGUGCUGUGUAGUGACGCGAGACGAGAUCAAGGUUGAAGUCAAGUGCAGUGUAGUGACGCGAGACGAGGCCAUGGUUGAAGUCAAGUGCAGGGUAGUGACGCGAGACGAGGCCAUGGUUGAAGUCAAGUGCAGUGUAGUGACGCGAGACGAGAUCAAGGUUGAAGUCAAGUGCAGUGUAGUGACGCGAGACGAGAUCAAGGUUGAAGUCAAGUGCAGUGUAGUGACGCGAGACGAGGCCAUGGUUGAAGUCAAGUGCAGUGUAGUGACGCGAGACGAGGCCAUGGUUGAAGUCAAGUGCAGUGUAGUGACGCGAGACGAGAUCAAGGUUGAAGUCAAGUGCAGUGUAGUGACGCGAGACGGGAUCAAGGUUGAAGUCAAGUGCAGUGUAGUGACGCGAGACGAGGCCAUGGUUGUCGUCCGGAUCCGUGUCACGGCAGGAGACGAGAUCAAGGUUGAAGUCAAGUGCAGUGUAGUGACGCGAUAUAAGGCCAUGGUUGUCGUCGGGAUCCGUGUCACGGCAGGAGACGAGAUCAAGGUUGAAGUCAAGUGCAGUGUAGUGACGCGAGACAAGGCCAUGGUUGUCGUCCGGAUCCGUGUCACGGCAGGAUACGAGAUCAAGGUUGAAGUCAAGUGCAGUGUAGUGACGCGAGACGAGGCCAUUGUUGUCGUCCGGGUCCGUGUCACGGCAGGAUACGAGAUCAAGGUUGAAGUCAAGUGCAGUGUAGUGACGCGAGACGAGGCCAUGGUUUUCGUCCGGAUCCGUGUCACGGCAGGAUACGAGUUGGCAUGCGGGGUUUGUAGCCGUUCAGGUCCUGAAAACGAAAGCAGAUAA